UGACUUUGAAAGUCUGAAACCUCCAGCAAUGGAAGGGUUGGAUGCGCUACUAGCUAAGAAAAAGCAUACACCGAAAAGUGAACUAGAACAAAAUGGUAUUCCUCAGUUGCAGUCUUCACCAUCUGCUAAUUGGUUUUCUUCGUCAAAGUCUGCAAAGAAGGUGUCUCUAAGCUCUGUUACAUCAAUUAUUGAUGGAUUGAAGAAGUUGUACGUCCAAAAACUGAAGCCAUUGGAAGCAACAUAUCGUUUCAAUGAUUUUGUUUCCCCUUUGUUGACAAAUAGCGAUUUUGAUGCUAAGCCCAUGGUGAUGGUUUUUGGGUCAAUACUUAACUGGGAAAACAACAUUCAUUAAACAUCUGCUCAAAACGAGUUAUCCAGGUGCUCUCAUUGGACCAGAGAAAUAUCACAAUUGUACAGAGAAAUAUCACAAUUAUGUUU